GGGAGUUGGAACAGUCUGCCGCGAAUGCCCAACCUUCGAAGAAUACCAAACCAAUCUUUGCCUUCCACCAAUCUCUCCGUCUCUCUUCCUCCUACGUUGUCGAAAUCAAAACUGGGAAACUAUCCCUUUCCUUCUCCCUCGAUCUCUCCCUCCUCGGCAUCAUUGCCCAAGCAAAGCAUCCAGCCUCUCCUCUAUAUCACCAUCAACCAUGUCUCAUCCAACACACAAACCUCAGCUCCCGAAACCUCCCGACCGUAUUCUUCUGCUUCUUUGUUUUUCUCUCUUUACACCUCAGAAUGACCACGGAACAACCGGGGAAUCCCAUGCCGGUGGGGGUGACUCGUUCGAAGUACUCGAACCGGGUGGUCUUGAAAACUAUAUUGGAACGUAGUGAUAGCGGACUGGAACUGGUUGGUGUGAGAGUUGUGAUAGGAGGGUGGGUGAAGGCUUCCAAGGAGGUCACGAAGGAGCCUUUGCCGCCGCCGCCUCCGCCUCCGCCACCUCCACCGCCACCGCCGCCGCCGCCGAAAAAAUUGAGCUGGUGGGAAAUUCUUCUGGAGCCUUUUUUACCGUCCAACCAAUCGAGUUCACCUCGCCCCACUCCCCCACCCCCACCCCCACCCCCGCCCCCGCCACCGUCCUUGAUUGCUUUCUUGCAAGUUAGUGAUGGUUCAUGUGUUGCAAGUCUUCAGGUUGUUGUAGAAGAAUCUAUAGCUCCCCUCAGCCAGCUCCUGCAUAUUGGAACCUGUAUACUGGUGGAAGGUUUAUUGGGGAAGCCAUCAGUAGAGGGAAAACAUGUAAUCGAGCUUAAAGCAGAGAAAAUUCUUUAUAUAGGGACAGUGGAACAUGACAAGUAUCCGUUAUCAAUGAAAAAGUUACCAAUUGAAAGGUUGAGGGAUUAUUCCCAGUUUCGACCUCGGACUACUACGGUGGCAUCUGUUACAAGAAUCAGUAAUGAUCUGACUAUCGCAACUCACAUAUUCUUCCGCAACCAAGGGUUCCUUCACAUGCAUGCUCCUGUUAUCACGACCACAGAUUGUGAAGGAUUCACUGAAAAAUUCCAGGUGACAACACUCAUUGACAAAGUAGAUAAAACGGAGAAGCCAAAUACCGUUAUGGGAACUGAAGGUGCUAGCCUUGAAGUCAUCAAGUCUGCUGCAAAGGAGAAAACUAUGCUAGUUGAAGAACUGAAGAGGAGUGGAAGCAAUAAGGAAGCGCUGGCUGCCGCACUUGUAGACUUAAAGAAAACAAAUGAACUAGCAUCACAGUUCGAAGCAAGAGAAAAAUCAAAACCCGAAACUUCACCAAAGGCCAUUAAAUUAAACCUUUCUGAAGAUUUCUUCUCCUGCCAAGCUUAUCUGACUGUUUCUGGUCGCCUACACCUGGAGAGCUAUGCAUGUGCCCUUGGAAAUGUUUACUCAGUUGGACCAAGAUUUCGGGCAGAUUGUGCCGGAAAUGUGGCAGAGAGGUCAGUGAUUGAGAUUGAAAUGGCAUUUUCACGGUUAGAGGAUGCCAUGAGCUGUGCAGAUGACUUUUUCAAGUUCCUCUGCAAAUGGGUUUUGGAUAAUUGUCCCGAAGAUAUGAAAUUUGUUUCAAAACGAAUUGACAAAACCUGCAUUGAUCGACUUCAGUCAUUGAUAUCCGAUAUAGUUGAAAAGAUUUCCUAUGCUGAAGCAGUAGAUGUUUUAGGAAAGGUUGAAGAUAAGAAGUUUGAAAUAGAACUUAAGUGGGGGUCUGCUCUCACACCAGAGCAUCUAAGUUAUUUGGUAGAGGAGAUCCAUAAGAAACCUGUAAUGAUAUACAAUUAUCCAAAAGAAGUUAAGCCAUUUUAUGCACGCUUGAAUGAUGAUGGAAAAACUGUUGCUGCAUUUGAUCUGGUUGUACCAAAGGCUAGAACGUUAAUUUCAGGUAGCCAAAAUGAGGAGCGUUUGGAUAUAUUAAGUUCAAGAAUAAAGGAAUUGGGGUUGCCAAGAGAGCAGUACGAGUGGUACUUAGAUCUUCGCAGGCAUGGAACAGUCGAGCACUCUGGAUUCAGUCUUGGGUUGGACCAAAUGAUUCUAUUCACCACUGGGCUGCGUGAUGCUAGAGAUGUUAUCCCUUUUCCCAGAAGCUAUGCCCGAGCCGACAACUAAUCGGGUUUUGGCGAAAACUUCACUUCAGAACUGAAGAGGCUCCGCGUCAAACUGCCCUAACAUUUAAUUCAGUGAUCUCGGAUUUAGGAAGGAUUAAUUUGUCCUCAACUUGUUUGUUUGUUUUUUUUUUUUUUACUACGUACUUAUAUAAGAUUUUAACCAAUAAAAAAAAUCCUACUUAUAAUCAUAAUCUACGUAUGUGUGUCGUAUAGUUAUUUAAAAAUAAAUAAAAUUUAUUAUUAAAAAAUUAAUUUUUUAUAUAAAUUUCAUAUUUAUUUACUUUUUUAAAUAGAACAGUAUUAUUGUGUUUCUUGGAAUGCUUUUAAGAUUGUCCCACCGCAAAGGAAAAUUCCGUAGGAUAAAAUCUUAACGAAAGAAAAAUGGUACAGUCUGUCUGAUUAUUUUCUCCCCAUCAAAUAUAUGUAGAGCUUCAAUGUUUUUAUGGUGAAAUAUCUUUGCAUUGAUGUAUCCCAAUUGGUGUACC